AUUUGAACGUUUUUAGUGUUCUCUAUAUUGCGGUUUUCAGUGUGGAAAUUGCUCUCGCUGAUGCUGAUGAGGGAUUUCUGAUUUUCAAAUGGCGCUUAGUGCAAAAAAAAAAAAUAUUCACGUCAUCACGGGAUGAGCGACGAUCGCGUCAUCGUUCUUUUCUAUAUUAGCCUCAGGACUUGAUGUGCUGCGAAUAUUAUACGGCAGAAAGUUAAUUUUCUCGGGAAAAUAAUUUUAGUCUGUCGUUGUUGCUUGACCCGUGCGUUUCGUUCCUUCUUGAAGUGAAAUAUUUUUUCUUUGGUUUUUCUCCCACUUCUCAUUUUUCCUUUUUCGGUUACCCUGCUUUUCUCCCUUGAAUUUUGGAAGAAUAAUAUUUUAAACCGAAAUAAAACAGAUACUUUCCCACAAGAAUAAGUGCUGUGUGAUCUUGAAACCCCGAUAAUGUCUCUUUCUGAAAGAAUGUGAUCAGUGGAGUGAGAAAAUCUCAAAGAGUUGCUUCCAUGAGCUGGUUGAAGAAAAUCGUGUUAUGCAAUCAAAUUCAAAACGUAACCGCACUAAAAGCAGAAAAGUGAAACCAGAAGAAAGGUUAUAGAGUGCGCAAAAAAAAUCACUAAUGAUCUAGUCAUUUCGGUUAGUGGUGCGCGAAACAAAAUCGAAGUAAAAAAAUCAAAGUGGAAAUAUAGAUGAUGAACUGACCGGUGUUUUCGCAGCAGCACAAGAAGCAAAGAUUGAGGUGAAAACUGAAAGUUUGCGCUGGGAAAAGUAACGCAGCUCUAAGCUAAGCGUGGUGGUGUGAGAAGUGGCAAGUUCCUUGACUUGGGGCAGGUGGCCACCCACAAAUUGUGGGAGAGAAAACGAAUAUCAAAAACAAGUGAAAUCUAUCCAAAGUAUAGUAAACUCCACUGCCAGAUUUAGGAGAGAAAAGAAGAGAAAAAUACGGAAAUGGCAACAACGGUCAACAGCCGGAGAGAUUCCGGCAGUGGGGCCACGAUGGGACCCCGCAAAACGAUGAUUAUCAUGGUGACAGUGGUUGGCUGCAUCGCCAUCCUGUGGCCGAAAGUGUUUUAUCCGAUGCUGGUUGGUCCCACCCAGACUAAGAAUGUCGUCAAAGAUCAUCGCGGAGCAGGUGAGGGUUGUUGCGGUGUUGUGCUGGAUCAAGAAACAUUUGCCAAUGUCUCCAUCAAUGCCCAAAAUCAGCAGAACUUGUUCCGAAAGAGAAACAUCGGACCGGCUGUCGAAGAUUUAAGUAUCCGACAGGAACGUCCGCCUCAUCUGCGACCAGAAACCAUGCACCCGGCUAUGCGCGAACGUGGUCGAGCAAUUCCCCACGUUGGUUCCGUCCAUAGCGAGCGACCCCAGGCAGCGCCGAGGAUCGUUGAAGGAAGGCCCGGUCCCAUACCUGGUAUGCGCCCGCCUAUGGGAGCAGGAUCGCAUCAGCCUACAAAAUCUGCCACUUCAAUGGGUUUCAUAAUGCCACUCUAUACCAUCGGUAUAGUUUCGUUCUUCAUUUACACAAUACUAAAGCUCGUUUUCAAGAAAACGCCGGCCGCGCCUUAUCCAGAGAUAAAACCUGAUCCGGCCUUCAGGGACGAAGUAUUCACCACGGAACAAUACAUUAAACGACCCGACAGUGGAAACACGAAACAUGGACAACCGAUCCCACUGGAAGAGAACGGUGCCCCAGUUUCGGCGUUCAACGGGAAUGUCAACGGCAGCAUUUACGCCCACUCGGUACAGGCAGAAAUAAGCGUAGACUACGCACAACUGUCAGCCGCCAACGCGACUGCUAAAGAAGCCGAUUUGGCGAAGUAUGAUGAAGUUGUUGACAAUCGAAAAACAGAGACCAAAGAAGAAUCAGUUGUAGAUAACUAUGACUAUGUACAACCUAAAUACGAUCCUGCUACUGAAAAGGUAGUUGAUGGAAUCGUUAUCCAGAAGGUUGUACGAUUUGACGACCAAGGAACGACAAGUACAGGGGACGAAAAAGUUGACUGCGCUACCGAAGAAGUGAAGAAAGAAAGUCAACAACAAGAAAAUGUGAUUGAAGAGAAAAUCGCUGUUGAGCUAGUUGAGUCUGUUAUCGCUCAAACUGAAUCACUUUUGAACGCAUCACAAAACGUUGAAGAAAAGGCUAGUUGUGAGCCGAAAGAGCAGACUACUGAAGAAACCAUUACAGAAACAUGUCAUAUUGAGUCAGAAAUCACUGUUGUUAAAGAGAAAAAUGUUACUGAAGACGUCGGAAAGACUGUUGAAGUUGAACAGCCAAAAGAGAGUUCGAUUCAAUCGGAAGAAAAUAUUCCAGUGGAAAUCGAAAUUGAAAGCUCAACGACUGAAGAAGAUGCAAUCAAAAUGAUUGCCGCGGAAAUGGAAAAGGCUUCACAUGAAUCUUUUGUUGCUCAUCCAGAGUUGAGUCCGGAAGAGACCGCUUCUACGGCGAUAACUCAAAUUGAAGAAACAACUCAAGCUCGCUCAGUGGUAAUCGAUAACGAAGCUUCAAAACAAGCUCUUGAACAAGAGGUAACGGAUUUGUCGAAAAAACUUGUUGAUGAUGUUGUUGAAAAUGCGGAAUCUUAUGUCAACUCGAAAAUCGAAUCCGAGCAAGAUGAGUUACCAACUUAUGACCCUGAAACACAGAAGUUGGUUGAUGGAGUGGUAAUCAAUCGAUUCGCUACUGAAGAUUUGCCUUGCGGUGAGUCAUCUGGGAAACUAUCCGUUGAACUUGAAGUACCCAGUAGCUCUACGGAUGCUGAAAAUUCUGAAUUGUCUGAAGCUACAUCACAACAAACACAAGAACAAGGAGAAUUGGUAGAAGUAUCAUCGAGUGCUUUAGAGCCUGUGGAAGAACCAGUGUGUGAGAAAAUCGAAAAUGUUCAACAAGUUACUAGUGCACCGAUUCUAAGCUUCGAAGAGAAAGCUGAUGUUUCAUCUGGCGACGCUCAACUCCAAUUGGUAACAGAACUCGCUGAGGAAACGAAGCUUGAGCCUACACAUGAUUCAAUUAGUUCGGAGUCGACGAUACUGGAAGAACCUACUGCUACUCUUGUAGAAUCGGUAGAGUCUUCUGAGUCUGGCGUUGAAAACCGAAGUACCGAAUCAAUAGAAGUAGCAUCUGAUAUGCAACUUGAGACGCCUCCAGAAGAAGAAAUCCAUAAAGAGGAACAAAAAACGACUAAUGUGGAAAAAUGCGAAACUAUGAUUGAACAACCUGUUAAUGGCAGUGAAUCCGAUGAAAAGUCUACUAAAACUGAGAAUAUUGAAGAAGUUCCAAUUUCAGGUGAUUCGCCUGUUUCGGAAGAAAACACGCAAGAUCCACCUCAAAAGGAAGAAACGCUGGUACAAGGCGAGAAUAUUGAAACUGUUGUUUAUAAAGUUUUGGAAAUCAAGCAAGCCCAAAUUGAGACAGAAGAAAAACAAACUGCUGCAAUCGGUCAGGCUCUCGAAAUCGUGUCCACAGAACAAAAUGAAGUUCAAAAUGAAACCGAUGCCGAGAAAACUUUGGCUGAAGAAACAUCUACCUCAGAAUCAUUUGAAAUUAAACAAGAGUCUUCUGGAAUAGAUGUCAAGGAAGAUCAAGCUCAAAUUGAGAAAGAGCAAAACCAGACUGACAACGUCCCUGAUGUUUCUGAGCAAACUCUCGAAAAGGUUUUCAUCGAACAAAAUGAGGCUCAGAAUGAAACUGAAGCUGAAAAGUUUUUGUUUGAAGACCAAUCCAAAAUAGAACCUACUGAAUCGAAACAAGAAGUUGAUGCUUCUUUUGAAGUGAAACAGCAGACAGAAAUCGAAAUUGGCGCCCCAGUCGCCGAGAAACAAGAGAUUAAAGAGCAAUCAACAGUUGAAAAACCGUUGGUAGAGGAGCAGAUUGUCAGUGAAAAUGUGGUUGUUGAACCAUUGAUUGAUUCCGUUUUUAUCGAAACGACAUAUCAAGAUCGGGUAGAAGUUCUACGAGAGGCCAUUUCUGAUCCAACAUCAGCUGCCGAUUGCUCCGAACAAGCGAAGGUUCAAGACGCGCUUUCUGACGAACCUUCUGAUGAAGUUGAACCAACAACUGCGGUAGUACCAGAAGAAAUUCAAACUGAAAGCGUUGUAGAAUCAUCUGCCGAACCUGUCAAUGAGGAAGCGUCUGUGUCAGAAGAAACUCCAACUGAAAGCGUUGCAGAACCGAAUGUGGAAUCUGUAAAAGAAGAAGUUAAAGAGGAACCAACUCAAACAGGCAACAUAAUUGAAACUGCUGCUGAAAUUCUAGAGCCGACCGUUGAACUGAAGCAAGAACCAUUAGUUGAAACAAUUGGGCAAGUCGUCGUGGAAACUGUUGUAGAAACAGUUUCAACUGAAAAGGUGUCUGAAUUGUUGAGUGAAUCAAUCGCAGCAAGCUCUGAAAUUCCAAAUGUUGAAACUGUGGAACCAGAGGUGAAAAAUGACCAGCCUACUGUGGAAGUGGUUGAGCCUGUACAAGUGAGCAUGGAUUUUACGGAUACUUCUGCAAGUGUUUCACAGGGAACUGAGAGCAGAGAUUUGCCACCAGAAAAAUUAGAAACAGCUCCGGCUGUCGAGCCUUUGAUUGAGAAUCAAUCGAAGGAUUCGGUUGAAGUGAACACUGAAGCAUCGUCAGAGGAUACAGCUAAAGAGGACGUAGUUGUGUCUGAAAAUGUUGUGGACUUCAGGGCAAGUAUAACAGAAUCCCAAGAAACAGUUGUGGAAUCCCAUGUGAAAGCGAAUGAAAACACCGGUGAAGCAGCUGACACUGUGCCAGAAGCAAUUAUCACUACGGAAACCUUUUCGGAUAACUGCUCAAACGAACCAGUGUUUGUGAGUGGAGAUGAAUAUGUUAUUGAAGUAGCAGCUGUCACUUCGGAAGAAGGAAUUCCUAAAUCAGGAAGCGGCAGGCCUGUUCAAAGUUCGUUGACUCAGGGUCCAACUAUCGAAGAAGUAAUCGAUAGUAAGGUCGAGUUUUCUGAAGAAGGUAAGGCUUCCGAGGAGCAUAUAAUCAAGAUUGAAGUUGAGAAGACUGAUACUUCUGAGAUGAUCUCGGAAGUAGUCACGGAGCCGAUUGUAGUGAGUCCAGAAGUCUCUCGUGCUACAUCGAGUUCACCUGCUCCAUCAACGACGCUUUCUGAAAUUCAAGUAGUCGAGCAUUUUGAAACUGUGGAGAAAAUUUCCCAAGUUGCAGUAGAACCGAUUGUAACGAGCCCAGAAGUCUCUCGAGCCACUUCUAGUUCACCUAUCCCCAAUGUGGUGUUAGCGCCAGCGCUAGAUUUGAUUGCUGAAACUGUAGAAGAGACGCAAACCGACAUUGCAAGUGAAUCCAGUUCGAAGGACCAAGAGGUGCAAGAGAAGUUAGAUCGCACUUUAUCAGAGGCUACAGCUGUGGCUUGCAAAAUCGAAUCCAUUGUCGAGCACAUUGUCACUGAAAAAAUACCAAAUGCAGUGGUUGAUGAGGUCAGUAGUCAGGCAACGGAAUCCGCUCCGGAAACAGUAAGUGAACCAAUUAGACUAUCAGAAACUGCUGCAAAGGUAGUUGAAAGUAUCACAAUCGAAGACAAAUCAUUGGCGACGAGCAGCGUUACGUCAACGGUCCCUGCCAGUAGUUCCUGCAUUGCUGAUACUAACCAGAGCUUUGUUGAGUUAAACACAAGUUCCCAAACUAAUAAGCCUGAAACCUCACUGGUAGAGCCCCUAUUAGAAGCGCCGUCAUCUUCAUCCCCCGUCAUUGAGCAUGUCAUAAUCGAGAGUGCACAUGCGCUUGAAAAUAUUACUGGAGUGGCACAAACUAGCAGUGAAAAUUUCAUCUCAAUCGAAGAGAGUCAUCACACCUCUAAAAUGGACAGCGCUCCCUUGGAAACUCCUAGCAACAGCACCACAAGCAGCAGCUUUUCUACCCCGGACGAAUCCGAAACGACCCGCUAUGCUGGAAGUGGCCACAGCAGCAUCGCCAUCAGCAGCAGCAAUGAUGCAGCAAUUGACCAAGUACCAACAAGUGACUCAGAAAACACCGAACAAGACGAGGAAGCGAAACCGAGCACAGAUUCACACGAAGAUGACACAUCGGACGAGAUAGCAGCCGUAGAACGAAACGCCACGGAUGAAGAGGUGCAGGAAACUAAAGAGAAAAGCGCUAAAUCGGAGGUGGAAACUGAGCCUGUGGACAAUGAAACACACGCGUACGACAGACUGACGCCAGAAAGUGGUGCCGUGGUCAAGAAACGUGAUGUCAGCGUGGAGCGAAGCAACGUCAAGGUGAUACCUAUGGAAAAGAAGGUUUCAUAUGACACCAACAAACAACCUAGUCGUCCGGACACUCCGGUGCAGUCAGUAACGUUGAAACCGUCAAUCAUUGAAACCAAUGCGCCCGACUCGAAGUGUGUCUUGCUGGAUACUAAGGUUCAACAGUCCUCGAAAGUAUCCGUGUCAGACAACGAAUUGGCAGUUGAAACUCUGGAUGCCAGCCGAAGAAUCGAUGAAGAGUCACCAUUCGACUUAAAUCUGGUAGUAGUGUUUGAGUCGCUGUCCAACCUGAAUCAGGGUCGAAGUUUGGAACUCAACGUACUGUUGGGCUCAGAACCCACAACGUCAGUCGUACGUCCCUCACCAGCAGCCCGAGUGGCCUCACCAACGAGGGAGGUUGUGCUCAGUGGAAAAAUGAAACUUUCGUUGGUGAAAUUGGAUGAUAGAGAUAAUAAAUCAGCCGAUGAUGUGGUGACAGUCCCGAAAGGAAGUAAAGGCAAAAAGUCAUCAGACGACACAUUCGGCCCCAACGAGGAGUGAACCGGUGGCGAUUCCCUUGUGUUAGGACCCAAACAAUAGAAGUGUUUCCUACGGCAACCAAUACAGUUGGUUGCGAAGAUCAAUGUUUUUCUAGACUGUGAAAUGAAAAAAAAAAAAAAAUGAUAACAAUAGAAUGGGUUUGAUCUAGAUAAUUUCAUUGAUCCCUCUUCUAGGACUGAAACAGACAGGUGAAUCGAAAUUUUUUUGAGCGACAACCGAAACAGCGGCCAAAUUUUUCAAAUUUAGCUUUCUCGUCAUCUAAGUUGUGCUGCAGCUCUGAAAGAAAAUUUGUUUUGCGAACCGCCUUAAGUUAGGUUCACUUACCGGCACAUGUCGGACUUCUCUGUCCAAUUCGCUCAAGUGUCUGUAACUUUUCUUCGUAAAAUAUUUGUUUUUCAAUCAACCUGGAUUUGAACAGGUUGAAGCCAACUGCUACCGUCUUGUAUAUCUGUAUUCUUAUUUAAGUUGAUCUCUUUGUAUUUUAUUUGUUAAUCCUGUCCAGAUAAAUAGUAUUUUUAUAUUCUAAUACUAUACCUUUUAGAUCAGGUUUAAGUUACCACGUUUAUUGUUUUUUGUGUAUAUUUUACUCCUCCUAAGUGCAGGCCUUUUUGUUAGUCGCAUAUACAUUGUUACCAGUUAUAUAUAGCAGAUAUUCUGCAUCCUUUAAUCACAAAAUGAACGCAAAAAAAACUUUGUCAACUCAAAAUGGAUGAUACUUAUAGUGAAAUAUUAAUAGUGUUAUUCUGCAUGCCUAUUGUAACAGCGAAAUUGAAAUAAUAAAAAAGUCACACUGUUGUAA